AUGGAAUUGUCAAGUGGUGGAUCUCAGCAUACAUGUGUCAAUGCAACACCUCAAAAUAAGAGCCGUCUUACUGGGACACAGUGUGGAGGUCUUUCAAGACAAUCUUUCAACGUAUACAAUGUUCAAACAACAAGAUCGUGCGUUGUUGAUUACAAUACCUCCUCACCAAAGGUUUCAAUGCAAUGUGGUUUGAUGUCAGCAUUUAAUAGUGUUGUCCAUGAUACACCAUCAAACUCUACAAAUGGAGAUGAUUAUUACAGUGAUCUUGGUGAUCAAACGUACUCGUGCGAUCACUGUGGAGCUAUGUUUUGGUUAGAGGAGCGAGUUAAUAAAUCUAGCGGUGUUCGAAAUCUGAAAUAUUCUCUAUGCUGCAGUCAUGGCAAGAUAAAGUUGUCGCAUCCGAAUAUUCCACCUAUGGCAAUCAGGCAGUUUUUCUUUAACCAGGAUCAAAAGAGUACCCAUUUCUUGAAGAACAUUCGGUCCUUCAACAAUAUGUUUUGCUUUACUUCCAUGGGUGGAAAAAUUGACAGGACUGUCAACAAUGGUAGUGCACCGCCGACUUUCAGGUUACAUGGUCAAAACUUCCACUUAAUGGGUAGUUUACUACCACAAUCUGGUGAAAGACCAAAGUUUGCUCAAUUAUAUAUUUAUGAUACUCAAAAUGAGAUACAAAAUCGUCUAACUGUACUUGGGGCAGAUGAGUCAACAAAUACGAUGCAUUGUGAAAUUGUGAAAGACAUCAAGGAUGCACUGGAUGAAAAUAAUGUUUUGGUCAAGAGUUUUAGGAUGGCCAAGACAGAGAUGGAAAGUAAUCGUAGAGCUGAUAUUAAAAUCAAACUUAUUGGUAAAAGGAGCAAGGAUGCAAGGACAUAUAACUUGCCACAGGUUGGGGAGGUGGCGGCAUUGAUUGUUGGUGAUUUAGAUCCAAACAUGGGAGAAAGAGAUAUAUUGGUGGAGUCUAAAGCUGGUCAUUUUCAAAGAAUAACUGAAUUAAAUCCAGCAUAUCUCCUACUGCAGUACCCACUUCUAUUUCCUUAUGGUGAAGACGGAUACAGAGACGAUAUACAAUUUAAUAAUGUUGAAGGCCGGAGUUCAAAUGCACGGAGUAAACUUAGCCCAAGAGAGUAUUUUUCAUUCCGUUUGCAAGAUAGGUUCAAUGAAAUGUCAACAUUGCUAUAUGCUAGACGAUUGUUUCAACAAUAUUUGGUUGAUGCUUAUACCAUGAUAGAAUCAGGACGCUUGGUUUAUAUUAGGUCUCAUCAAAAGUCACUUCGGUGUGAAUCAUACAAAUGUUUAACAGAUGCGUUAACACGUGGUGAGGUAGAUCCUACUUCGCAAGGAAAGCGCAUUAUUUUGCCAUCGAGUUUUACAGGAGGUGCAAGAUAUAUGGUGCAAAGUUACCAAGAUGCAAUGGCGAUUUGUAGAUGGAUCGGGUAUCCAAGUCUAUUUAUUACAUUCACAUGUAAUCCUAAGUGGCCUGAGAUCGAAAGAUUUUUACAAUCAAGGAAUCUCAAAGCUGAAGAUAGGCCAGAUAUAGUAUGCCGUGUGUUUAAAAUGAAAUUAAAUGCACUCAUAAAAGACAUUAAGAAGGAGAAGAUUUUUGGACUUGUGGAUGCAGUAAUUUACACCAUUGAAUUUCAAAAAAGGGGAUUGCCACAUGCUCACAUUUUGAUUUUCUUGAGCAAGAGUAACUCUUACCCUAAUCCUAAAGAUAUUGACAUGAUCAUAUCUGCUGAAAUUCCAAGUCAAUUGUGCGACCCUGAGUAUUAUAAAGCUGUAGAAGAAUUUAUGAUUCACGGUCCAUGUGGUGCAGCGAGGAAGAACUCACCUUGCAUGAUAAAUGGUAUUUGCUCUAAAUUCUUCCCCAAAAAAUUUGUUGAAAACUCAACAGUGGAUUUCGAUGGAUAUCCAAUCUAUCGGCGUCGAGAUAAUGGUCGUACAAUACGGAAGAAUGGGAUUGACCUUGAUAGUAGAUAUGUUGUGCCACACAAUAGACAUUUGCUUAUGAAGUACAAGGCUCAUAUUAAUGUGGAGUGGUGCAACCAAUCUAGAUCAAUAAAGUACUUAUUCAAGUACGUCAACAAAGGGAAUGAUAGGGUUACAGCUGAAUUCUACAACAGUGGGGUGGAAGAAUCUACUGGGAAAAUUGUAGAUGAAAUCAAGAUGUACUAUGACUGUAGAUAUAUCUCACCCCCUGAGGCUGCGUGGCGGAUUUUUGGGUUUGACAUACAAUUUAGGAACCCAUCUGUUGAGCGAUUGAGUUUCCAUCUUCCAAAUGAGCAAUCAAUAAUAUUUCAUGACGACGAUUUGGUCGAUGAUGUGGUAAAUCGACCAACAGUAGCUCAAAGCAUGUUUACUGCCUGGUUUGAGGCUAAUAAAAAGUAUGCAGCAGGGAGGCAGUUGACUUAUUCAGAAAUGCCAACCAAAUUUGUUUGGAAGAAUGAUAAAAGAGAAUGGCAGCCUAGGCAAAGAAAUUGGGCAAUUGGGCGAAUCUUUUAUGUGCCACCAAAUACUGAAAAUGUUUGGGAGAUGGUUUGGCAAUACUUAUCAGAUGAUGCUGAAUAUGUUUAUAGAAGGAACCUCUCAAUCUCAGAUUUAAAUAUGAAUGAAUCUCAAAAAAAGAAUUUUGCGCUGCUUGAAAUGGAGAAAUUGUUGAAUGCUUGGAACAAAUCUCUAUCAGAUUACCCACCUAUGCCAAUGCCAGAUGGAAACAAUGAUUGGUUUUGUGGUAACAGGUUGUUGUUAGAGGAAAUGUCAUAUGAUAGGGAAGCUCUAAUGCAUCAACAUAAUUCGUUGCAUCCGAAACUAACUGAUGAACAGCUACUCAUAUACAAUAAGGUGAUGGGAGAUGUGGAAACUGAGAAAGGUGGAAUGUAUUUCGUAUAUGGUUACGGUGGAACAGGAAAAACAUUUUUGUGGAAGACAAUUUCAGCAGGUUUACGAUCCAGAGGCGAGGUCGUUCUAAACGUAGCAUCAAGCGGUAUAGCUUCGUUGCUGCUACCUGGAGGUAGGACUGCACACUCCAGGUUUGCUAUACCGCUUGGUGUUAAUGAAGAUUCCACUUGCAACAUCAAGCAAGGCAGUCCACUUGCUGAAUUGAUAAUCAAAUCCAAAUUAAUAAUUUGGGAUGAAGCUCCGAUGAUGCACAAACAUUGCUUUGAAGCAUUGGAUCGCACAAUGAGAGAUUUAAUGCGUUUCAAGAAUUCAAGGAGCUCAACAAUGACAUUUGGAGGGAAAACAGUGGUGUUGGGUGGAGACUUUAGACAAAUUCUACCCGUUAUUCCGAAAGGUACUAGACAAGAUAUAAUACAAGUCAGCAUUAAUUCAUCUUACUUGUGGAAUAAUUGUGAAGUUCUUCGUCUAACGAAGAAUUUAAGAUUGCGAGGUGUUACUAAUGAAGAUGAUGUUGAGAAGUUAGAUAGUUUUGCCAAGUGGAUUGCGGAUUUAGGUGAUGGUAAUCUUGGUGAAGACAACGAGGUUGAUUGCAAUAUAAUAAUGCCUUCUUCAAUUGUAUUAGAAAAUGAGGUUGAUCCUAUCAAACAAAUUGUUGAAAGCACAUACCCUCAAUACCGUUCUGGCAACUUGGAUGAAAGACAAUUAGAGAAGAGAGCUAUAUUAGCUCAACAUUAG